AUGUCAUCCCAGCCGAACGCCCAACGAAAUGCCUCGCCCACCGCACCGGUGAGGUCAAAUGCGCUCGAGCAUCCAGCCCAUGGCCCGUCGACGCCCACCGCCGAUCGGGAGCCUGUGACGCGGAGACAUCUCUCACACACUGGCCGCUCCAAGACAGCACCCAUCACUCAGGAGAACAACCUGUGGAAGUCAUCUGUCGACCGUCCCCAGCUGUCGGAGCGCGACAGCAUAUUUGCAACCACGUAUCUAGCGGCCGAUAGCCCAGGCAGUUCCCCACGACCUAGUGCACGAACACCAGAAACGACCAACGAUGCUUCUGAACACCGCAUAUCAGAUAGGGCUUCCCCAGUGCCUCCCCAGAGGAGACUGAUAGACCCGCCCAUUGCUCGCAGAAAGCAAUCCACAUUCGCCCCUUCAACGCCCAUGGACCCUCAGACAUUGCUUGCGACCGCUUUCAACCCGCAGCCAGCCAUGGCAGCCGGUGCGGUCCUACAAGACCUUCACCAUAGCCCUCCGCCCUAUAUGAGUCCUGUCGAUUCGCCUUUACAGCGGCCGGUCACACCACACCAUCCCGACAUGCAGUCCACGCUGCAUGAAGCGCUGUUGGAAAAUGAGGAGAGGUGGAGGAACAGAGAAUGGCGCGAGGGCAAGCCCGUACCGUUCAAGGGCUCCAACGCUCUACAGGAUCCAAUAGUGGACAUCGCCAUGGAGCAAAAGAUGGAAAAGAAGAUCGAAGCCACCUUGGCCAAGACAGAGCCACCAACUGCCGCACGAAGUCGAAAAGCCAGUCAUUAUCUACGGGUGUUCAAGGACGCGGACAAUUCUGAAGACCAUAAGAAGCGGGACAACAAGAUCAAAGACCGUCGGCCCGCAGAACGAACACCUUCGACGCAUCCAGAAGAGACAUCAGUGAAGGAGGUGGCUGACAUGGCGGAGCAAUUGCCACCAGCCGCUCUUGCCUCACCAAUCGCACAUUCUCCGCAUGCUGUAGCGGCUGAGUCUAAUUUUGAAAAAAUCCCAACACCUCGAAAAGAAGGACGCCAAACAUCAGCGUUGAGCAAUCGCGACCGAACACAGGUCGACCAAGCUACUACGAGCCACCACGAAUUACCCUAUCGCCUCUUAGAAGAGAUUCGACGGUUCGGUACUCUAAGUCCAGACACAAAGGCAGGCUCGUCAGUACCGCGAAGUCUGCCCGCAUCCGCCGUAGAAAAGCUGGACGCACAUGUCUCUGCAAGGGAAAUUGCUCCGCAUCAUGAGGAAGAAUCGGUAGAUUAUUUUCAGGCCAAAGAAGAUGAGGGUGCCGAACGUUCCCCCGCAUCUGAGGAGGAGGAUUCAGAAAGAGAGCAAAUUUCAUCCGCCCUCUACUUCCCCCAUCGGCGGAUCAAAAAUUCUGAGCCGACUGUGGCGGACCAACAGGACUCUGUGACGGACGUCAAUAACGCACGAAAAAGGGCAUCGAUUCACGAGACAAAGGUACCCAAAGGCUGGGCGACGGAAGAGCAAGUUCAGACCCCACAAGAAGUAGAAAUUUCUCUACAGUCCCAAGAUACAAAUCAAUGUCUGCAUGGUGAUAUUCCCACAGCGGCUCCUGUGCAGCAAGACGACGACGUCCAGCCGCUAACGUCGGCGAAUGUCGAUGCACUUUCAGCUGAAUCUGAUUAUGAGUCGCUCGCUGAAUCCACGCAUUCACUUCUUGGCUAUGAAUCCAGUGCGACUGAUGAUCUAGGUACAACGCCCACUGCGACCAAUCUCAAACAGGAGCCCAAGGCUGUCUUGGCUCCGCAGUCUCAACCACCCGCACCGCUUGGUGCGGUGGAGCUCAAGCCAUAUGAUCAUCAGGUUGGUGGUCACUCCACCGUCUACCGCUUUUCCAGAAGGGCUGUUUGCAAACAACUGAACAAUCGAGAGAAUGAAUUCUACGAAACCAUUGAGCGCCAACAUCCGGAGCUCUUGGAAUUCCUACCAAGAUACAUUGGAGUCCUGAAUGUCACGUACCGAAAAGCACCCAAGAAGAAGAAGAUCGCCAAGGACAAAUCCAAAGCAGAUAACGCACCUACAGCAUCUGCUUCAGAGUCGAAUGCUACAUCCAGGCAGCAAUCUGUUGCUCCUUCUGACAGAGGUAGAGAGGAUCAGCCCCGAGUGGUUAGCCAUUCCCAACAGAUCACCGCUGUGCCUCAGGUAGUGUUUGAGAACAACAGGCACAUCAUCCCCGAAAAUCUGUUUAGGCUUCCGCCGCGCUCGACUACUCCGGAUCCAUGGAUGAGAAACGCAGCUUUCUCGUCGCAGUAUCAUCGCCGGAACCAGAGUGAUUUCGUUGUUGCAAACGAAGGUCAAGCGCGGCCUCCAUUGCAACAUCACAACAGUUUAGGCGUGACGACAAUCAACAAGAAACUGCAGGAAGAGGUGCUUCGCCAGGUGUUUGCACCGCCGCAAAUACAUCACCGUCAACGUCAUCAUCGUCAUCACCAUGGUAUUCCAUCUCGUAGAGCGGGUGCGGAAUCACCACAAUCCAUGGCCGGAUCAGUUCCGAACAUUCGAAGGAAUAGUACGGAUGUAUCUGGACCCCAUGCCCCGGUCACUGAAGAAAGCACUAGGAAGCAAGUUUUAAAAGCCGAAGCACACCGUCAGGUUUCUAGGGAGAGCGAUUACAUUAAGCCCGGGUCUUUCGAACUUUCUACCACGAAGAAGACGGAAAUGUUGCAACCGCCUGCAGGGCCCAAGUCUCGAAGACGACACUCUGGGAGUGGAUUGACACGGCGACCUCUGGGGAUAGACUCAGGCCGUAGGCACAACCUGGAGUACUAUGAGGAGGAUGGAUAUGGCGGCGAUGCAGAGGAAGAAGUUUUCGCCAUGGACGAGCUAUCUUCCCGUCUGAACAGCGAUACUAACAAUCCACUCACUAACGGUACCGCGUCCACUGAUUCAGGCGGGUCAUCGGAGAAGCCUGCCGAAGGGACCAUGUUACCAGCUCCCAUCGCGCCUAAGCAGGAAACCGUCGCACGUCCUGUCGAGGAAACUCCUGUUUCCGAGGAAGCCAUCCCCAAAGAAACAGAGUUUCAGCGCGAUGAACGUGUGCAGCAAUUCAUUCUCAUGGAGGACUUGACUGCAGGCAUGUCAAAGCCUUGUGUUCUGGACUUGAAGAUGGGCACCCGCCAAUACGGUGUCGAAGCUGACGAGAAGAAACAACGUUCGCAACGACGCAAAUGUCAAAUGACGACCAGCCGAGAACUCGGUGUGCGUGUUUGCGGCAUGCAGAUAUGGAAUGUCAAGACACAGAGCUACGUGUUUGAAGAUAAAUAUUUCGGUCGUGACCUGAAAGCUGGUAAAGAGUUUCAGGAUGCUUUGAAACGUUUCUUCUGGGACGGCACCGGGUACAAGGCAGCUACAAGACAUAUCCCAGUGAUACUGGACAAAAUCAGCCAGCUUGAACGCAUGAUCAGGCAACUUCCCGGCUACCGCUUCUACGCCAGCAGCUUGCUUAUGCUCUAUGAUCGGGGAGACGGCGAGUCAAAAGACAAAGAUGGGUUGCGACCUGCUGGCAGCGAACAUGGAUCUGCCGCACCAUCCGGACCCGGGUCGCCUGGUCCAGCGCCAACACCAAGUUCGUUGUCGAAAUCUUAUCCCGAGAUCAAACUCAAGAUUGUCGAUUUCGCGAAUUGCGUCACUGCCGAAGACCCACUUCCAGAGGACCUACCCUGUCCUCCGCAAAGCCCAGAUGGCGUGGAUCGAGGAUACCUCCGCGGCCUACGCUCCCUGCGACUGUACUUUCAGCGCAUCUGGCAGGACACUUGUGAGGAAUGGGUCGAGCGUGGCGAAGGCGAUGGCAUGGUACGCACCCAUCAUCACGGGCCUGGUCUGGGCGAGGUGGGAGGUGGUUGGAUGGACGAUACGGGGAGCGAGGAUACGGGCUAUGUUAGCUUUUGA